CUAGGCGAUUACGUAUACCCGGAAGCUAUUGGCUAAAAAUAAUUGGAGUGGCAAACGGAGCAUCUUUGACAGCAACAUAAUCAAGCUAGUUCGCCUUAAAUUAACAAUGAAACUCCGAGGAGGAGGACUCGUUGAUCGUAUUAAGGGCAGCUUCAUGUGAUGAGGAGCGCUGUGCCAUGCAGAGGAGACACAGUAGCAACACGGAUGGCAUGCCCGCAGAAAGGAGCCGUAGCCAAACUCUGGGAUCAGAGAGCAGUCUGGACGAUGGCGGCGUGUUCGACUGCUUGAAGCCCGAUUCGCCCGCAUUGCCCCAGCAGAUCUUUUCGGGUCUGGUGGGCGUCCCGUCUGGCGCUGUUUCCUCCGCCCAGUUCCAGGCGGCCAGCUUAGUGCUGGGCUCGCCCCCAGACGUCUUCAUCCAUAUGACGCCGUCGUCCCGAGAAGAAGGCGGCCCCCGUCGCCCCGAAGGUGGACCCUUCCUGGCUCGCCAGCCCCACCACAAUCACCACCCUCACCACCACAAUUUCCACCACCCGCCCCUGCAGCACAGGACCUCCUCUCUCCUGCAGCAGGCCACUGCAGCGGCGGUCGGCUCAGACAGGCACCACCAUGGCCCCCGGGAGGAGAUGGGCCUGGAGGACCCGUCCACGCCAGCUCCAGCCCUCUCUGAGCUGAAGGCAGUGGUCACGUGGCUGCAGAGGGGCUUCCCGUUUAUCCUCAUCCUGCUGGCCAAAGUCUGCUUCCAGCAUAAGCUCGGUAUCGCAGUUUGCGUGGGGAUGGCCAGCACCUUUGCCUAUGCCAACGCCACCUUCAAACACCAGGUUUCGCUGCGGGAGGGGCGAUCAGUGCUGGUGGCCCUGUGGAUCGCGCUCUUUCUUUCAGGGAAUGUGGCAUAUAUUUACUAUGCCUUCAGCCAGGAGGAGCUCUACAACAGCCUCAUGUUUUCCAAGCCCAACCUAGACGGGUUUGACUUCUUUGACCUCAUGUGGGCGGUGGGCAUCACCGACUUUGUCCUCAAGUUUGUCACCAUUGGGCUGAAAUGCUUUGUUCUCUUUUUACCUGGCAUCCUCUUGGCCUUUAAGUCCAGGAGCAAGUUUUACCUGCUGAUCGAGGAGCUGAGUCAGCUGUUUCGCGCACUGGUUCCCAUCCAGUUGUGGUACAAGUACAUUAUGCCAGAAGAGCCCUCGGCCAGCUACUUUCUGGGAGCCACGCUCAUUAUCAUCUAUAGCCUCUGCAAGUCGUUUGACAUCUGCGGCCGUGCGUCGACCUUACGCAAGGCGCUGGUCCUGCUUUGUCAUUCUCAGAGUUACGGCGUGCGGGCCGGCAGCCAGCAAUGCAGCGAGGCCGGUGACGUCUGCGCCAUUUGCCAGGCGGAUUUCCGUGAGCCCGUUGCCCUCUUGUGUCAGCAUGUUUUCUGCGAGGAGUGCCUGAAUUCCUGGUUGGACCGGGAGAGAGCGUGCCCGCUGUGUCGUGCCACCGUUGUGGAGACCGUCCGAUGCUGGAAGGACGGCACUACCUCUGCUCACUUCCAAAUCUACUAAACCUGCAGUGAUUAAACACGUUAGAAAAAAGUCAAAAUAGUAUCCGAAAAAAGUUGUAAUACAAAUCACAAUGUGACAAGAAGUCAUAACAGUACGGAAAAAGUCAACAACACAAUAGUCGUCGUAAUGUUAUAAGAAUGAAGUCAGAAUUUUCAAAAAGUAAAAAAGUUGUCACGUUAAAAGAAUACAAUUGUAAUGUUACAAGCACAAAGUCGUAAAACAUUGCUAGACAUUGUAAUGUUAUGGGACUAAAGUUGAAACAAUGCAUGAAAAACAGUUAUGAAGUUUUGAGAAUACAGUUGUAAUAUUAGGCAAAAAAAAAAAGGCGCAAUAUUACAAGGUUAAAGUCAUAAUGUUGUGAGACUAAAGUCCUAACGUUAUAAGAAUAAAGUCAAUUUAUUAGGGGAAAAAAAUGUACAGUGUUACGAGGAUAAAGUCGUAACAUUACGUAAAAAAAGCCACGUUACGAGGAUGAAGUUGUAGCAUUGCAGGAAAGAAGUUGUAAUUUUACGAGACCUAAGUCUGCAUAAUGCGGAAGUGGUAAUGUUCUGAGAAUAAAGUGGGAAUAUUAUAUUAAAAGUCAGAAAAAAGUUGUACUAUAACGAGGAUGAAGUCGUAAUAUUACGCUUUAAAGUCUUAACGUUGUGAGAAAGAAGUUGUCAUUUUAUGAGACUUAAAGUUGCCAUAUUUUAUCAAACCAACUUUUUCUAGUAUUUGGGAUGUAAUAUUUUGUCUUUGGUGCCUCAGUAAACGUGAUGUGGCUGCCUUUUAUGGACUUUCGUAUGACAAAACCAAGGUGUUUUUUUUAAAUGAAAUUGACACUUUUAGACUAAGUCCAUGUUAGAGAGUCACUCUGUGGCGGUCUAAAUAGCCAAAAUAUGGGACCUUUAAGUUGGAAUAAUGUGUGAGGGAAAAAAAGUAAACUUAUGAGACUAAAAUUGUAAUGUUAGGCGAAAAGGUGCAAUGUUAUGAGGAUAAAGUUGUAAUGUUAUGAAAUAUAAAGUUGGAAUAUUUUGCAGAAAAAGCGCAAAGAGAGUAGUUGGAAUAAUGCGAAAAGAAAAAAGAGGGAAAGUUGUAAUUUUGGGUGAAAAAUGUAAUGAGGAAAGUUGUGAUGUUAUGAGAAUAAAGUACUAAUGUUAAAAGAAUAAAGUUGUAAUAUUGGGCAAAAAAGGCGUAAUGUUACAAAUUAAAGUUGUAAUGUUAUGAGGAUGAAGUCGUAAUAUACAAAAAAAGCUACAACGUUACGAGGAUGAAGGCGUAAUAUUGCGCUAAAGAAUUUCAAUGUUCUGAGAAUCAAGUUGUAAUAUUAUAUGAAAAGUCAUAACUUUGCACACAAAAAAAUUGGCAUGAGGGUAAAGUCAUAAUUCAUUCAUUUCCUGAGCCGCUUAUCCUCACUAGGGUCGCGGGCGUGCUGGAGCCUAUCCCAACUGUCAUCGGGCAGGAGGCGGGGUACACCCUGAACUGGUUGCCAGCCAAUCGCAGGGCACAUAGAAACAAAACAACCAUUCGCACCUACGGGCAAUUUAGAGUUGUCAAUUAACCCAUGUUUUGGGAUAUGGGAGGAAAACCCACGCAGCCACGGGGAGAACAUGCAAACUCCACACAGUCGGGGCCGGGGAUUGAACCCGGGUCCUCAGAAAUGUGAGGCUGACGCUCUAACCAGUCGUUCACCGUGUCGCGGUAAAGUCAUAAUGUUUAAAACAAAUGAGUAUAAAGGUAAAAUAUUCGGCUGAAAAAAGCACAAAUAUUAAAAGAGUUAAGUUGUUGUGUAACAAGUUGUAAUAUUAGGUGAGAAAAACCCCACUGUUGCGAGAAUAACGCUGCAAUGUUAGGGAGCCGUUAUUUGACAAAUGAAACAUUCAUAUGGCUGCACGAGUAGAUUUAGCAAUGUGCGCUUUUCAAGUAUGCAGUCACACUUUGAUAAAGACACCAGUGGAAAUCACUCCCCCACUACACUGUCUAUAAAUAAUAAUAACAUUAUUAUUAUUAUUAUAGACCUCUGACUAAUCAAUGUGCAAUGUGAUUCCUUGUCAUUUGCUCUUUAUUGUCACGCGUAAAAAUGAAAGCUCGUGAGCUCACCUUCCAAAGUGUCUUUGCUUUAUUCAUAUUCAUAUAUACAAAGUAUAAAUAGUAAUACAUUAGAAAAGACGGUAGGACGUACACAUACACAUCAUGCAUGGAAACACUUAAAUGUUACUUUAAGAUAACAGCAGUAUUAUUUACAUGUCGUGUAGCUUCAUAGGUGAAAAGAGCACCCAGAGACCUCCGCCAAGGUUUUGUCAACCUGGGGAAUUUGGUGACUUUUUAGAAGGUCCUCCAAGGGUCAUGCGAAAUGUGUUCUCGUAUGCGAAUCAGAACUUUAUUCUGGUAAAAUCAUCAGAAUAUUCUUUGUUUUUUUUCUCAUAACCUUGUGACUUUAUGCUGGUAAAAUAAAAAUGUUUUCUCUUAA